GUCAAAGAGAAUGUGCAUUUCAAAUUUUGCAAAAUUGCUCCCCAAAGAGGCUGCAUGGAUUAUAUUCUACCAAUAGUAUGAAUGAAAGUACCUAUUUCCCCACAUUUUUGUUGGGAAAAUUUUAAAAAAAUAAAGAUUCUCAGACCAUCACAAUUCUAUGGCUUCCAAAACUUCUAGGACCAGUCCAGGGACCUGCUUGUUUUAAAAGUAUCUCAGAAAGUGAGAUGUUAUCAAUAUUUAAAUUUCACACUAUUUCACAUUUCUGUGAUUCUGACUCAGAAGGUCCGUGGACCUGCCUUUGAAAACCACCAGGUUGGUGCACAGCACUCCGUAUGCACCUACACUAGACACUGGCUUCCAGGUCCUGAAGCCCUUCCCCACUAAUAAACAAACAGCUAAGAAGUGGGGAAGUAGUCUGGGUUGAAAAUAAUGCUCUGGCACCUUUUGCUUGCAGAUCUCCUUUUUCUGCCUUGCUGUGUUUUCCAUUUUGGUCUUAAGUCUCUUUUCUUCUCAGAUGAAUCACUCAAAGGUCAACCUCUUCCCACAGGUUCACAAGAAUGUACUUUAAACAUGUACUCUUUGAGGACACAUUCUUUGACGAGUGCUAUUUUGAAGAUGUAACAUCAACUGAUACCUACUUCAAAAAUUGUACCAUUGAAUCAACCAUCUUUUAUAACACAGACCUCUAUGAGCAUAAGUUCAUUAACUGUCAGUUUAUCAACUCCACCUUUCUGGAGCAGAAGGAGGGCUGCCACAUGGACUUGGAGCAAGAUAAUGACUUCCUGAUUUACCUCGUCAGCUUCCUGGGCAGCCUGUCUGUCUUACCCGGAAACAUCAUUUCUGCCUUGCUCAUGGAUAGAAUUGGAAGGCUCAAGAUGAUUGGUGGCUCCAUGUUAAUCUCUGCAGUCUGCUGCUUCUUCCUGUUUUUUGGCAACAGUGAGUCUGCGAUGAUCGGCUGGCAGUGCCUGUUCUGUGGGACAAGCAUUGCGGCCUGGAAUGCUCUGGAUGUGAUCACAGUGGAGCUGUAUCCCACCAACCAGAGAGCAACAGCCUUCGGCAUUCUCAAUGGAUUAUGCAAAUUUGGCGCCAUCCUGGGAAACACCAUAUUUGCUUCUUUUGUUGGGAUAACCAAAGUGGUCCCCAUCCUUCUGGCUGCUGCUUCUCUGGUUGGUGGUGGCCUGAUUGCCCUUCGACUGCCAGAGACUCGAGAGCAGGUCCUGAUGUGAACCACCUAUGGGAAAAGGAAAGGUCAAGAGAAUCUUGUCCAGGACACUAAAAUGCAUCCACACUUCCUGCCUAUUACGGUCCAGAGGGCACCUCGGAUAACACGCGAGGAGAAGUUGACUUUGUGACCCCUAGUUUAGGACCCACUUCAGCUGUCAAUAUGUUUGUAACUCAGGUGACUGUUUUGGGGGUGCCCUGAGCCACCCUUAGAAUCACAGAGCUGCGUGUUUAACUUCAGGUCUUCCCAGUCCAAGGCAGGGAGAGGAUUCUCCAGUGAGUGCACACACGAUGCGAGGAGUAAGCAUUUCUCUAAGUCAAGUGCAAGGACUUACUUGCAUUUCAAAAGGAAUUAGAGGGUAAGAAAUACCCAAGCUCCUCCAUAAAGCUCCUUGGAGCCCAACAACUUAACAAAUCAACUUGGCUGGAAGUUAGAGUCAUUAUACGAAGAUUGGGCUUGAAGUACAGGAUACAUAUAUUUUUGCAUUUAAAAGUAUCACCUAUCAUAUUUUCCACUCAAAUACUGGCAUGGUAGCAUUGAGAAUACUCUGAUCUGGAAAGCCAAAUAUUUGAGCAACAUCUAUAGAGAUCUACUUUUCUCCUAAGUCUCCUAGGCUUUCCAUGAUAAUUAGGUGAUACAUUUAAGAAGGAUAUUUAUUUCUGUUUUGCUCUAUUCAAAGAAAUUGAAUGGGUUAGGUAUUCUGUAAACUAAGUUUGUAUAUAACUUUAUUUGGGUUUAAUUUCCACAUCUGGUAUCUGCAAAUGUUGCCAGCAUUUUAGCCAUAUUUUGGGAGAACUUGGUGUUUGAGGUCCCAGGAAAUGAGUUCUGAUCAAACGAAAUGCAAGCACAAUUUCUUACAGCCAUUUAACUUUCUGCUGGGAGGAUGUACUUAACAAACUCACGUUGUGCAGUCCGCUUAAUCCAGGCACUUUGUUUGUGCAGUUGGAGUGAGUAGUUACUUCUCUCUCUUACACAGAUGACUUGUGAAACUCAAGCUGACCAUCUUCAGUGCUGGCAUUUUACUUUGCCACUCACCCCAAAACAACGUGAGAUGUGUUCAGUGGCCUCUGGUACUCUUUCUGGCAAGAAUCAAACAACAUGGGGACUGAGGGAGGGAUGGGGAAGUGUAGCCACAGUUCUUCCAAGUGUAAAUACUUUUUGUUUGUUCUAGCGGUAAAAUGCAAAUGCAAUCCAUAUUUGUUAGAAUGGUCGGGUCUCAUGAGAAAUCUAUGCUAUGUGUCCAGGGCUUUUGAAACAGAGUCCAUUGGAGUGGGAGUUAGGGAGUGUAGUGGAUGCCAAAUAUGUCUUUCUUCAGUGCUUAAGAGAACUCUUUCCUGAAAUCCAAUUUUGAACAUAAACAGGGGUGUGGGUUGGGGGAGGAGCCUAGGACAAACCUCUCUGAUGAAGGUCAGCAAUAGACUGAAGUCUUGACUGCAUGGAAGAGGAACAACAUCAGAAGUGUCUGACAAUGGAGGGGACAGUGAGCUAUGCACAACCGCCAGUGGAGGUGAACUUGAACCUGCCCAGGCCGAAUGAACAUCAGCCUGCAAGAACUAGUUCUUUGAAUUGAUUUGCAAUGCUCUCAAUGGCUAUAAAGUGCCACAUUUUCCCUAUCAGAGCUCUCCGAAAAUUUCAAACAGAAUAAUAAUGGCUGCAUCGAGUGUUUUCUCAGUUUUGGAGAAAUGCUUAGGUCCUAUGAUAGCUUCAGGACAGCUUCCUGUAAUUUUCCUCAAUUAACGGGUUGGUAGGGGUAAAUCUUAUGACACCUUUCCACCGUCGAUUUGUGAUCAGUUUUAAUCGUUAAAAUGUUUACUCUGCUUCUGUCAAUCCUCACCUUUUUAUUUACACCCCUCCCUUUUUUUCUGAACAGGGAGAGAAGACAUGUCCCUUUGACUGGACACCCUGAUCCCUCCAAAUAUAUAUACCACUGUGUAUUAAUCUUUCUCUCAGUGUUUUAUAGGGGUACCUAACAUAAUGCUGUGUCAAUAAUGAAAGGCUUGAUGUAAUAUAGCUGUAAUUUACCUUCCAUAUGAAUGCAGUGGUUAGGUUCAUAAAAGAGAAUUGUGUGAGUCUGGGAUUACCACAUCUAAAACAUUAUUCUUUAAUGAGAUAAUACAAUUCAUUGAACAG